ACUUUUCAAAUAUUGGUUUAGUAUAGCCGGUGUUUUAUCACUUAAAACUAUACAUAAAAAUAUCGUGAUGACUUGUUUUUGCGAGUACUAGUGAAGUGAAGAUUAAUAAUAAAAAUGCACAUUGAAUGAAUAAAUUGUCUUUGUUUUGAAAGACGAUAACCAUGCGUCGCAAUUUGACUAGCCUGUUCAAAUUCAUGUUGUUGUGUGCACUGAUGGUUUUUUUGACAAUAUUUCUAUAUAAAACAUUCUUUUCAUCAUCACAUCAUCGAUAUGACGACGACUAUGACGAAAAUCUCAUGCAUUCAUUUGCCAGUGCAAGGCGUUCAAUUCAUCCUCGACAAGGUUCAUUUUUUAUGAAUAGUGUAAAAAAUGAGUUAAAAAAUGUUAAACGAUUGAAAAUAGAUUGGCACGAUUAUAAAUUGAUUGAAGCAGAAAAAUUACGACAUGGUAUCGGCGAACAUGGUAUCGCCGCAUUUAUAUCACCAGAUUUGGAAGACGAACGCAAACAACUAUUUGAUCAAAACGGAUUCAAUGCACUGCUUAGUGAUAAAAUUGCACUUAAUCGAUCUGUUAAAGAUAUUCGCCAUAAAGACUGCGCAAAAUUGAAAUACUUAAAAGAUCUGCCAACCGUGAGCAUAAUUGUUCCAUUUUUUAAUGAACAUUGGAGCACACUUUUACGUACAGUUUACAGCGUACUGAAUCGAUCGCCACCAGAGUUGAUUAUGGAAAUUAUUUUAGUAGACGAUGCUAGUAAUAAGCAAUUUUUAAAGAGAAAACUCGAUCAAUAUGUUGCAAAAUAUUUGCCAAAAGUCAAAAUUAUUCGGUUGAACGAAAGAUCAGGGUUGAUAGUGGCACGUUUAGCCGGAGCUAAGGCUGCGAAUGGUGACGUUUUAAUCUUUUUAGAUUCGCACACCGAAGCGAGUACAAACUGGUUACCACCAUUACUGGAGCCCAUUGCUGAAAAUUAUAAAGUAUGCGUGUGCCCAUUCAUCGAUGUUAUUAGUUACGAUACUUUCGAAUAUCGAGCACAAGAUGAAGGUGCGAGAGGUGCAUUUGAUUGGCAAUUUUUCUACAAACGGCUACCUUUACUGCCUGAAGAUUUAGCGCAUCCAACGCGACCAUUUAAAAGUCCAAUAAUGGCUGGCGGGUUAUUCGCGAUAAGUGCGCGAUUUUUCUGGGAAUUGGGAGGUUACGAUGAUGGAUUGGAUAUUUGGGGUGGUGAACAAUAUGAGUUAAGUUUCAAAAUUUGGCAAUGUGGGGGAGAAAUGUAUGAUGCUCCUUGCUCACGUGUUGGACAUAUUUAUAGGGGAGGUGGUGUACCACAGCCAACUGGAAGAAGAGGCGACUUUCUGCAUAAGAAUUACAAACGUGUUGCGGAAGUUUGGAUGGAUGAGUAUAAAGAAUAUUUAUAUCAGCGUAAUCCAGAAAGAUACGAGAGUAUUGAUGCCGGCAAUUUGACAGAACAAAAAGCAAUACGUGAAAAACUGCAGUGCAAAUCGUUUAAAUGGUUCAUGGAAGAAAUUGCAUUUGAUUUGCUAAAAAAAUAUCCAUCGGUAGAGCCGCCUGAUUUUGCCUCUGGAGUUAUACAAAGUGAAUCACAUCCAAAUCAGUGUGUCGACUCAUUGAAUCAUGGUAUUGGCCAAGAGUUCGGCUUAUACACGUGUGCUGAAAAUCAUAGACGACCGCAAUUAAAUCAAUUUUUCGUUUUAUCUUGGCACAAAGACAUAAGAGUACACGGCACAACAAAGUGUUGGGAUGUUUCAACGUCAUAUACAAACGCACCAAUUAUCUUUUAUGAUUGUCACGGACAAAAAGGAAAUCAGCUCUGGAAAUAUAACAUCGAAAAAAAGUGGGUUCAACACAAUGAUCGGUGCUUGGACUUUGAUGCAAAAACCAUGAAAAUCUUUGUAAACCAAUGCGAUGCCAAUAAUCCAAAUAUGAUGUGGAACUUUGGUUUUGUUAACACAACAGCGCUACGUCAGUUUGAUCAAAUCAAUACAUAAAAUUGCAAAUCUAUACAUACAUCAAUACAUUUUUCGUUGUGAAUUAUCAUCAAUUAUUAUUAUACUAAGUCAAAUAUAAAGAUAUUUUUAAUUAAAAUACAAGCAUGCAUGAAUCCAAGCAUUAUUACUAUUAAAAUGAUGUAUAGAUGCCAACAUUGAACAUAUUUGCUAGUCAAAUGGAACGUAGAUUCUUACACAUUUCAUAUCGAAUACCAAUUCAAAUCUAACUAUUCAUCUAGUGAACAAAUAAAAAAAAAACAAUA